AUGGAGCACGAUCACGGUGCCGCCCCGCCGCAUCCCGACGACGCCCUCGGUGGUUUCGAUGCCUCUCCGCAGGUUAUCCAGAACAAUGGCUAUGACUACUCCGAGAAGCAGCGCCAUCAACCCAGUCAGUCCCUCGACCAGGGCCUCCCACAAUCCCCGCGGAUGGAAGACCAACAAGCGGAUCGCUACAACACACCGCCUCUGCCUAUGAAUGCCCCCUCUAUCUCAAGGCCUGCCUCCGGUCUAUCCGGCGCCGGCGCGCAACAAGGCUACGCCGACCAUGCUUCGCGCAGCAGCGCCGGCGCAGAAGCCGCCGCCAGCAACGGCCGCAACCAUGUCGUCAUCAAGGUUGGCAUGGUGGGAGAUGCGCAAAUCGGCAAGACGAGUCUGAUGGUCAAGUAUGUUGAGGGAAGCUGGGACGAGGACUACAUCCAGACACUGGGCGUCAACUUCAUGGAGAAGACCAUUUCCAUCCGAAAUACCGAGAUCACAUUUUCAAUCUGGGAUUUGGGCGGCCAGCGCGAGUUCGUCAACAUGCUCCCCCUGGUCUGCAACGAUGCUGUUGCCAUCCUCUUCAUGUUCGACCUAACACGGAAGAGCACGCUCAACAGCAUCAAGGAAUGGUACCGGCAGGGCAGGGGCUUCAACAAGACUGCCAUCCCCAUUCUCGUGGGUACCAAGUACGACCACUUUGUCAACUUCCCAAGGGAGGACCAAGAGGAAAUCUCUAACCAGGCCCGUCGUUUCGCAAAGGCAAUGCGCGCUGCGUUGAUCUUCUCCAGCACGAGCCAUAGUAUCAACGUGCAAAAGAUCUUCAAGAUUGUGCUGUCCAAGGCUUUCGACCUGAAGUGCACGAUUCCCGAAAUCGAAAACGUGGGAGAGCCGCUACUGCUGUAUCAGUCCUGCUGA